AUGUCAUGCAAUGAUUUCUGUUACCGAAGCAAGUGUGCAGAAAUCUUAGUUGUGCUAUUCGUAAAUUCUGGUGGGGGGCAAAAGAGAGUGAGAAUAAGAUUAGUUGGGUCCGUUGGAACAAGUUAUGUAAGCGGAAGUCUAAGGGAGGGCUGGGUUAUUCAUGAUAUUCAUGUUGUUAAUAUUGCGUUCUUAACCAAACAAGACUUAGAUGUGAAAUCUAUUCUCUCAAUUCCAAUAAGUUCUCAAGGAAUUUCACAGUUAAGCGUGCUCAUCUUGGGCAUUUUUUUACGACACUCCCAUGAAAGGGGGGAAUCAAGCUCAGGUGAUUCUUUGAAACCCCUCUGGAAAUCUCUUUGGUCUGUUCCCAUUCCUAAUAAGAUUAAGAUGUUUAUGUGGCGUUGUUCUCAUAAUGUUGUUGCUAUCAUGUAUAAUCUGCAUCGGAGGAAUGUUGAUGUUCUUCCAUAUUGUCCUCAUCGCCAGUCACAUGUUGAAACCCUUGAACAUAUGCUCUUUCAAUGUAAAUCGGCUAAAGAUGUGUGGCAUCGAUCCCCGUUUGCUUCUGCUAUCUCUUCCUUCUGGGGCACCGCCCAUUUUUCCAAGUGGUGGGGCUCCAUCUCGAAGUCAUUCCAGAACAGUGGGGUGACGGAGGAUAUGGAAGCCCUUUUUGUCUCUAUCGUUGGUUUAUCUGGAAAGCCAGGAAUGAUCUGCUUUUUAACGGCCAAAGCUGGACAACGACCUUGGUGUUUGCCUCCUGUUGGUAUGGUCAAGAUCAAUGUAGACGAUGCUCUUUGUAAGAAGAAAAUGAUUGUGGGUGUUGGUUUGGUGGCCCGGGAUUAUAUGGGACAGCUUUUUGGGAUGGCAUCUAUCCCUUUCACGGGUCUGCUAGCUCCUCGAUCUGUCGAAGCUAUGGGGUAUCGGGAAGCACUGGUUUUUGCUGCCACCAAUGGUCUAUCACAUGUUAUUAUUGAAGGGGACUCACUUGAAGUGGUCCAAGCUCUUACGCAAGAAGGAAAGGUUGCCCAUUCGUUGGCAAAAAAAGCCCUAUCAGGUGCUAGAAUGUUGUACCCAGUUUCAAAAACUUUCACAAAUCAAUGGUGGUAA